UGUGAACCGCAGCUUUAUUAUUCAGCAUGGGGAAAUUUCGUAGUAGGCUGUACAAGACUGAUCGAGCCCGAGACUUUGAUCAUGAACAGGAUCGCUCUAUACGAAUACAACAAAUCUAUCAGACCAUCGAUCGGCAACCGUAUCAAUGGAUCGUGGUUCUAGUUGCCGGGGUUGGCUUCUUCUUGGAUGGCUAUUCUCUCUUUGCCAGCAAUAUGGCUCUUCCAAUGAUGUCCUAUGUUUACUGGAGAGAUAAUGCCGCUUCCAGGAGACUUACCCUGAUCAAUAUUGCAACUUUGGCUGGUACCUUUUUUGGUCAAAUUCUGUUUGGUUUCCUAGCAGACAAGAAUGGACGGAAAAAGAUGUACGGCAUCGAACUGCUUCUUGUCAUCGGCUCGACGCUCGGAGCUGCCAUGGCGUCGACCGGUUACGAGAAUAGUAUGAGCAUAUUUGCAUGGCUUAUCUGGUGGAGAAUCAUGGUUGGAAUUGGUGUAGGAGCGGAUUAUCCCCUCAGCGCUGUAAUCACUUCCGAGUUUGCGCCGACCAAGCACAGGGCUCGAAUGAUGGCCACUGUCUUCUUCAUGCAGCCGCUUGGUCAGAUUUCCGGAAAUCUCGUAUCACUCAUUGUCAUUGCCGUCAGUAGACAGCACGGUAAUGACGACCUUGCGCGCAGCGUAGACAUUAUGUGGAGAUGGGUCGUUGGCAUCGGCGUCAUCCCUGGCGCUAUCGCACUUCUAUUCCGCUUUGCCAUUCCCGAGACACCGCGUUUUCUAUUAGAAAUCGAGGGUGAUCCGGUCAAGGCCGAAUUCGACGCAACCGCUCUCUUCAAUGAAUCGCCAACGAGCCAUGAGCUCGACUUUGCAAACUGGAACAACAUCAGUCUCCCCACAACCACUCAGCGCAGUCUUGGUUCCAUAGACGAAGACUCCGCUACGGCCCAUACCGACAUUAGCAUUCAGCAAACGACGCUCAACUCCCACUGGCGCCUCGCAAAGGCGGACAUUAUCCAAUACUUUUGGACCGAAGGAAACUGGCGGGCCUUGGCCGGCACAUCCUUGACCUGGCUGCUUCUCGAUUUCGGAUUCUACGGCAUCGGCCUCUCGAGCCCUCAGUUCCUUGCCAAUAUCUGGGGCUCCCUCCACAUAUCCGGAGCCGCACCGCCCUGGCAGACCGACGAUCGUCCCGACGCAAACCUCUACGACAUGUUCAUGAACACGUCCAUCCACGCCAUGGUGAUUCUGAACAUUGGCAGCGUCAUCGGCGGGUUGCUCCUGAUCUUGUUCGCCCAUCGUAUCAACCGCAUCAGCCUGCAGAAAUAUGGCUUCGUUGCCCUCGCAGCUCUCUUCAUCGCCCUCGGCGUCAUCUUUAUCAACCUCAAGAGAGAGGGGCCUUUUGCCGUUGUCUUGUACAUUAUCGGCCAGCUCUUAUUCAAUUUUGGCCCCAACGCAACAACGUACAUGAUCCCCGCCGAAAUCUUCCCCACCCGCUACCGCGCCACAUGCCACGGCAUCAGCGCCGCCUCGGGCAAGCUCGGCUCCAUCCUCGUCCAGAUUUUCUCCGCCUACUACAAAUUCGGCUCGUCGCCUGGCUCCGGCCAGACGGUACGAUACGGCUGGAUCCUCGUCGUGUUCAGUGUCUGCAUGAUUCUCGGCGCGCUUAUUACGCAUUUCUGGAUCCCGUCGAUACAGAGAAAGGCCGACCGGGGUAGGCUCUGGGGAGGCAAGCCCGAGACGCUGGAGAUUCUGGCGCAAGGUCGACGUGGAACGCGGAAGUAG